AUGGCUGGCCAAGCAUCCGAUCUGCCUACGCCUCCCCCGGAGCGCCUGGGCGUGCCGUCACGCAAUCCGCUCCCGCUGUCCGCGUCCCAGGAGUCGCAAGUGCGCGACAUUUACUAUGCGCGCGUCCGCAAGCAAUGCGCCGACGAGAUUAAAGCUUUUGCCGCCUGCGCCCUUGGCCGCACAUUUACCGUCUCGUUUGCGUGCCGCGCCGAGCACCGCGUCAUGAAUGGCUGCAUGAAGCUGCACGCCAACCAAAAGGAGCACGACGCCGCGCGCGAGGAGUGGUUCGCGAUGCGCAUGGACCGCCAGCGCCAGCGCGAGGCCAGGAACAAGGUGGCCGUCGCGCAGGAGGAAUUCAUGCACGACUGGUGGGGGCUGCCCGAGGACGUGCGGCUGUCGCGGCAGAGGGACGCUGAGCAAAAAGGCGUUCAGCUGCAGGAGAGGAUUGGCGGCAUGCCGGCCAAGGAUCGUCCGCUUGAUGGCAACAAACGAUGA